UAGCGAGUGCUUCAACAACUAAGCAAGUCGCGAGUGGCAUUUGUUGUACGGUGCGUGUAAUUUAAAAUAUAUUUACAUUCUGGGUAGCAUGAUCUGUGAUAUCCAAAGAAGAAAAUAGCUAUUCCUCUAAGUAGUACAAGGCAAAAAUUCAGUUUCCAUCGACAAGCAGCAGGAACAUUGUGGGUAAAAAAUACGUGUAAUGGAUGAUCAACUAUUAAUUCUCAAAAACUUUCCGCUGCUGGUACCCCACAAUAGAGAAUUUACGUUUUACGAUGGGUUUAUAUGUGUUAAGAGUCAAAACGGUGGUCAAGGGAGACCAUUUUCAAACAACACAAGAUGUCCAAAAAUCUGUGACGAGAGUCUUGGAGAAUAUUACAGAAAAUGAGUUCCAGAAAUGUUACCUUCAAUGGUAGAAGCGCUGGAACAAGUGUUUGCAGUCAUAAGGGAACUACUUUGAAGGAGACAACACUAAACUUGACUAAAAUGGGUGCUGAAUUCAGAAUAUCACUCAAUGUCCCACAUUAUCCAGCACUGAAAGAUAUGCAUCUGGAAUGUUCAUGGGAUAUAAGUGCCCUUCUGCGCGGAAAGGAGAACGCAAUAACACAGAUUCAAGAAACCUGCCAUACACUUCAUGAAUUUUUGGAAGCACUAUGUACAUUGACGGCUGAACAGAUGAGUGACAGCCAAGGUACAGCCAAUGUAACUACAAGAACAUACAUUAACAUCAUGGAAGAACUGGCAUCAGUGAACCCAGCUUACAUAUCACAUUUGUCUGUAGCACAACAGCAGGUUGUUCUCCAGAAAAUUGAUUCUGCUGGGAGGAAACAUUAUCUAUCGUUGUCAGGAAUUGGAGAACCAAGUCCCCGAGUUUCUGCAGAUCUACCUCAGCAGGCCCUGGCUGUUGUUCGUGCUAAGGGUCCAUCUGUGGGAUCAAUGUACAGAGUAUUUUGUCAACAAGUGGCUUCCUUGCAAAGGUUCUGGACAGUCAUGCAAGAGGUUGAUUCUUCUUGUUGGGUCAUAGAUCCUGAAGAACCAAACCUACGUGAUACUGCUCGGAGGAUCAUCAUUGGUGAAAAUGUCUCUUUGCAACUGCAGGUGAAUCCAUGGGAUCCUUGUUCUCGUCCUGAUAUCAAAUUUCUAGGGCCAGAAAAAACUGUGUCAGAGUUCCGUGAGAGACUCAUUUACAGAUUUGAGGAAUGGGAUUCUGAGAGCAGCCUUCCAGACAACCUUAAAUCAGUUUUGGGUUUCGAAAGCUUUCCUGAGAAACCAGAAGGUACUGGUGAGGAUGAGGCAAACCUUUUGAUACGACCAGGAGAAUGUUUUGUUUGCUUUUCAGUUCGCUUGGAGGGUAGCUUGCCAUCAGAGGCUUGUCCAUCUGAAAGAUGUGGCAGCAUAUUUCACAUGGACUGUCUUUAUCAGUUGCUGAUGUCACUUCCCACCAGCCACCGUAGCUUCAAUAGAAUUAGUGGGGAGUGUCCCAGCUGUGGUGCUGCAAUAUCGUGCCCAAUCCCUGGUUGAAGUGAAGCCAUCAGUUCAUCAGUUGACAAAGAUGUUGCAGUACGCAUAUAUGGUCUAUGGUCUGGCAUUGUCAUACUCACAGAGAUGGUGCUCCAUGUGUGGACAAACUCUUCGAAUUUGAAACUUGAUUACAAUACGCUUUUCUAAUGCACUGACACAGUUAUAUUACAACUGGUACAUUACAUGUUACAAUUCGCAGGCUUCUAGUGAUAGAGGGCUGUAAAUAUGUAGACAUGACGAAUAAAGACGUAGAACCCUAAUAACAGUUGUUUUAUUUAAAGAGCUUGAAGGGUUUUCACAUAAAAAAUUUGGAGGUACUACUCUGGACUUAAUUUAGAUUAAAUAUAUUGAAUGACAUAUUUUAACCAUCGUGUGUUCAAAAUAGAAUUUGU